AUGGAUUAUCCAACUCACAAUAAAAUGCUUGUUCCACAAUCAAAUUCUAGAGUAGUUCCUAUACCACAACGUAGGCCUUCUUCAUCUCCCUCACCACAAAGAGAUCGUGAAAGUUCACUACCGAUUACACCUCAAAGGCGAAGUGCAGGAAAUUCUCCAAUGAGUUCAAUAGAAACCAUGGUCACUCAACUUCUUGUUACUACCAAAGCUUUAUUGGAAAGUUUAACUGGUUGGGCGGCGAAACGUGUUAAUCAACAACAGGUUUCUGAUAUAUAUGUAAAACUUGUAAGUGAAUUUAACACUGUUAUACAAUUAUUUUCUCAAACUGGAGUUGAUAUAAG